AUAACACAGUAAACGUACAACAAUUAUUAACAUUUUGUGGGCCCCUCAUGAGGCCGGGUAGUCAGUCAGCGACGGAGAGGAGCUCCGGGAGCAGCCGCAGCUUUCCCCGGGACACACUCCGGCGUCAUGACUCUCUACCACGGCCGCCUGCCGUCACUCGGGAUGCCCUCCCCUGCUCUGAACCUCGCCGGUCCCCCGUUGAUCUACUUGUACGGCGGGGACAGCGGAGGGGUCGUACCCGCCGGCCUGAGCUUUGUACCGGCUCGCCAGGAGCCCCCACAAAAGCCUCCAUACAGCUAUAUAGCACUCAUCGCCAUGGCAAUCAAGAGCGCACAGGAACAGCGCGCGACGCUCAGCGGCAUCUACCAGUUCAUCAUGGACCGGUUCCCAUUUUAUCACGACAACAAGCAGGGCUGGCAGAACUCCAUCCGCCACAACCUUUCCCUGAAUGACUGCUUCAUCAAAGUGCCCAGAGAGAAGGGCCGGCCCGGCAAAGGCAGCUACUGGACGCUGGACACCAAGUGCCUGGACAUGUUUGAGAACGGUAAUUACCGACGGAGGAAGAGGAAGGCAAAGAACCAGCAAGAGCCUCUUGACUCCAAAUCAGCGGGACAAAAACGCAACAAGGGCCAGGGGCCACUCAGAGACCUUCAGUCCUCCCUAAAACCUCAGACCGGCACGGCGUCUGUAGAGAUGCCGGUAACGCAGGAUGCGGAGACGUUGAAGAAACCAGCUGACACAAAAGCUGUUCUUGUCGAAAGUAACCGCGCGGAGCAGCAGCAAAAUCCUUCUGCACAGAGACUUAAAGUGUCCCUGAACAAAGGAACCUCUGCGUCCACAGGGAGGAGGCCUGACGCCUCCCCACUAGAACCAGAUCCAACUCCGGUAUGGAUGGAGAGUGCGUAUCUCCCAGGUGCGUCCCUCCGUCUGGAGCAGGAGGAGAGAAAAUCAGAUUUUAGCGCGAGGGAAAGAGAGCGAGGUCCGCUCUGCGCCGUCAGCUGCGUGGCAAACACAAACUUGACUGCAUCUGCGCAAGACAGGCCGAAGGGAAAUGUUCCGAGCAAGGAUAAAUUAAAAGCUUUUAGCAUCGAGAGUAUCUUAUCGAGAAGCGAAGGUGAAAUGCGCGGCAGCGUGCUCGGCCUGUCAGCGGAGACUGCGCUCAGCUCCUCUAUGGUCUUCAGUGGCAGACAGCAUCAGUUGUACCAGAUGGGAUUCCCCUUUUGCUCCUACCUGUCAGUCACAUACCCUGACAAAGUUUUGCAGUUAAAAUAAUUAAGGUAAUUAAUUAAGGCGUUUGAUGUGCAUUUUACGCACGAAUGCUUAAGUUUAAAAUCGUAUAUCACUCUUGCAUGACAAAUGACUCAGAUACAGGUUACUGCUCUGAACUUACAUGAUAUCUAGAUUUGUAAUCAUUACAAUUAUAAUCAGACACUGACAAAGAGCAACAGGGAGGCUUUUAGAUUCAUUUUACGCAUGCGUAUCUGACAGGCUUGUGGUUACGUUCACCUUUUUUCUGAAAUUGUUGCUCUUCAAAGUCUAUUGCUAAGCAAUUAAAUGAUUGUAACAAAAUAUUGGAACUGUAAGGAUUUUGUCUCUUGAAUGUUGGAGAAAGGAUCACUCACAGCUUUUCUCUCUUGAUUCAUCAUGAUGAAAACGCGUCAAUACUUUUGCGUAGUUCAGUAAAAUAUGAUAAUAAAGUCUAUUACUUAUGAUCUUAAUAAACGCUCUUUUAUGCUCCACUCUGCCUUGAA